GUCCACACUGCCGGGUGGGCUCAACUUUCUAAACUCUGAGUUUAACUUUCUAAACUUUCUAGACGCAAUGACCUGCGUUCACUUCCUGGUUUGUUAAGUUCUCGUCAUCAUCAAUAAAAAUAAUAAUAAUAAUGUGGGUGACGAGAACCUCUGGAGCUGUCGUUCACAUUCCGUCCAUUGGAGGCAGGGAAGAGCCGUGGCUGCUUUAAAUCAGCCGAGAUGCAACGAAGAGAAGAGUGAGAAGCGGCGCCAUGGCGGAAACAGAGCAACAAAAAGGAUCCAUACCCGAGGAUGAAGCACCUGAAGUCACCUUUAUGGUGCCCAAGAAAGAAAUCAGCGUGGUGCCUGACAUGAGUAAAUGGAAACGAUCACAAGCAUAUGCUGAUUAUAUGGGAUUCGUUUUGGCAUUGAAUGAAGGUGUGAAAGGAAAGAAGCUCUCAACUGAAUAUACAGUGUCUGAGACGGUGGAGAAGUUAUUAGAUCUUUUGGAGACUCUGGACCGAUGGAUCAACGAGACCCCUCCUGUUGAUCAGCCGUCCCGCUUUGGUAACAAGGCCUACAGAACCUGGUACAGCAAACUAGACCAGGAAGCAGAGGCCUUGGUGUCAGCAUUGAUCCCUGCUGACAAAUGUGCAGCAGCUCCAGAGAUAGCCGUCUAUCUGAAAGAGUCUGUGGGGAACCCCACCAGGAUAGACUAUGGAACAGGUCAUGAAGCUGCGUUUGCUGCGUUCCUCUGCUGCCUCUGUAAGGUCGGAGCUCUCGGAGCGGAUGAUCGCCUCGCUAUUGUUUUUAGAGUUUUUAACAGGUAUCUGUCAGUGAUGAGGAAGCUGCAGAGGACGUACAGAAUGGAGCCAGCUGGAAGCCAAGGUGUGUGGGGACUGGAUGACUUCCAGUUUCUGCCCUUCAUAUGGGGCAGCUCCCAGUUUGUUGAUCACCCGACUCUGGAGCCCCGUCACUUCAUCGACGAGCGGGUGGUGAACGAGCAUCACCAAGAAUAUAUUUUUCUGGACUGUAUCAAGUUCAUUAACGAGAUGAAGACUGGGCCAUUUGCUGAACACUCCAACCAGCUGAACAUCAGCGCUGUUCCUGCCUGGUCCAAAGUCAACCAGGGUCUGAUCAGAAUGUACAAGGCUGAGGUACACCUUCAUCACCCUCUUCAUCAGUCCAGUUCUCCAUCUAUGAAUCAGUCUAAUAAGUCGUUUGUAGAAGAAGAAGAAGGUUUCAAAGCAUCAAUUUCCGCUCAUGUUUAUUCACAGUCUGUGGUACAAAUCCUGAUUAAUUGAUUUGGGUGUAGUUUCACCUUCAACCAGGAGAAGUGC